AUGGUGAAUAUGUCUAGUAGUAAUAAUAGCACACCACGUUCAACAAUUGAUGAUUUUCGUGAAAUAAUACGUGAACAAUCAUUUAUUAUACCAAAUAAUUCAUCAUCAACAUCAUCAUCAUCUGAUCAUGUUCCAGUUAAAAAAUAUCCACCAUUACCUGAUAUCACUGUUCCAAAUACAACUUCAAUAAAUAAUACUUUUUUUCGUACAGAAGCAGUUUUAAUCACACCAAAAACAACAAAUCAACCAAAAAAACAAAUGUUCUAUCAUUUUGCACCAACACAAAGACAACAUUUACCAGCACUUAAUAAACGUCAUGUUCUUCCAACAAUGUCGAAUGUUAUGGAUCUUGAUGAAGAUUUACCUCAAUGUAAUACAACUAUAGUACAUAGAGCAGCAACAUAUACAUCACCAGGUGAUCGUGUUGUAUCACCGAUAAAACGUCCUUCAGCUCCAUCACCACCAGCAAGUGCACAUCCAAGACGAGUUGGGCAAAAUGCGUUUAUUAAUGGUGGAGAAAAUCAAAGUGAAAAUAAUGAUGUUGAAGAAGAAAAUUAUUCAGGAUUAGAAGAUGGCGAUGAUGAUGAUGAUAGUCAAUCAUUUGAUGAAAAUUAUUAUGGUUAUAAUCAACAGCCAAGAACAAUGAUGAAUCGUCGUAUGGAUCAUUAUAGUCAUAGUAAUCGUUAUAUAAAUAUGAAUGAUAGACAAAAUACAAUAUUAACUACUAGUGAUUAUGAUGAACCUGCUCAUCCAAUUGCUUCAAGUAAUUUUCAACCGUGA